AUGAAUGCGCCCAAUUCCGAUGACCUGCUUAGAGACCUCGCCAUAACAGUAUCUCGACGUGGAGUUGUCUUUUUUCGUAACCAGAAUGAUAUGAACAAUGAUAUCCAAAAGAAGAUGAUCCAACGUAUGGGUGAGCUCGUCGGCAAGCCUAAGGAAUCAACUUUGCACAUUCAUCCCGUGCUCAACCCCCAGCGAGCUAUGGGCGGCGAUGACCUCGAAAUCAGCACCAUCAACUCUCGCCAGAGGAAAGCUGUCAAUGGCAAGGCCACUCCGCGUGAUUUGGGAAACGCAAGACAGGCCCUCGAGUCAUGGCACAGUGACAUUCAGUCUGAGCAAGUGCCCUCGGAUUACACAUGCCUACGGCUAACUGAGCUGCCGUCUGCCGGAGGAGACACGCUAUGGGCAUCCGGCUACGAGGUCUACGACCGCCUCAGCGAGCCGAUGCGAAAGUUUCUUGAACAGCAUACUGCCAACUACACUGCACCUUUCUUUGAGCGAAUUAUCAAGAACGCAAACAUCAAAGUCUACUCCGAUGCAAGAGGCCACCCUGAGAACACGGGCACUCCCAUGAAGGCAGUACACCCUGUUGUUCGCACCAACCCCGUUACGGGAUGGAAGAGUGUCUUCGCCAUCGGCGCUUACCCCGGUUCUAUCAAUGGCCUCACUCCCCCCGAGAGCGACAUGAUCCUAGACUGGCUCAUGAACAUUGUGCUCCGCAACCACGAUCUGCAGUGCCGCUUCAGAUGGCAGGGUCCAAAUGACAUGGCCAUCUGGGAUAACCGCAGCAUGGUCCACAAUGCCACCAUGGACUACGAUGACUUUGGCGAGCGCUUUGGUCACCGCGUCUGCGGCAUUGGCGAGAAGCCAUAUUUUGACCCCAACAGCAAGUCUAUGCGUGAGGCGUUGGCAGAGGAGGGAGAAAUCGCCCCUUGA